AGCAGAGGACGGAACGGAACCUCAUCGAACUAACCAGAGAAAAGGGAAGGACGGAGAAGAAGAAGAAGAACAGGACGAAUACUGAAAGCGAAGAACGAAAGGCAGAAGAAAUCCGAACAGAGUAGCGCAGUUAGCAAUCGAAUAUGGCGGAGGCCGUUGACGUGAACGCGAAAUGGGACGCUUGUAUCGAUCUGACCGUUCGCCGCUUCGUUUACUCGUCCAUGGCUGGUGCCUUCGGCGGUCUCCUCUUUUUCAGGACACCAGUGACUCGCUGGGCUGCUGUAGCAUUUGGUGCAGGAGUGGGCGCUGGAGCCGCGUACACUGAGUGCUCUCGUAUUUUUGAAGGGUCUCCUGCAACAUCACCAGCUCUUAAGGUGGCGAGUGCUCCAACUCCCCAGGAGGCACAGGACUGAAACCUUGAACGAGACUGAGAGACUUAUGGAUAUAAUACGAUGAUGAUGGUGAUCAUGGGAAGACCCUGAUGAGGAAUUUUUUUUUUAUUUGAGAAAAUUUGAAGGAUUAAGAACGGUUGUUACUCCAGCUGCUUCUGCAGAGACUUAGUACAAAAAUGUUGCUCCAUUCCUCUUGGUUGAUCACAGUAACUAUUUAGCCUGACAUUUUACUGCAGAGUUUUGUAAUGCAUUUGACAGUAAAGUCUCUUUUUGUCAUGUGGAUUCGGUUUGGGCACCAUGGAAGUUCCAGUUCUUGAGGCAAGGAAAAUGAAUCGAAGAGAAUAAUUUCGGCUCUAUGAAUCGAAGAGAAUUAUUGGAAUCAAUUGAU